AAUAACACGUGUUGUACGUGUUGUAAUCCCGUUCCAGGCUAAAUAAUGACGGCCAAAUCCCUGGAGAAAGCCGCAGUAAACCUCAGCUUCGGACGCCCUCUCCUAGAGAACUGCUCAGGGGAUGCAGUUGUGCAAACUUCAGUAACAGUUUUUCCAGAUGGGGAAUUGGGAGGGAAUUACGACCAUAUAAGUGGAACUUCCGCAGAUGGAGAUGUUACACUUGAAAAUCGCUUUCUCGACUUCUAUUCCAACACUUUUGCGCAGUCAGCAGCGCCUCGCGACCAAGCCUUCGCCUAUGUGGGGAAGUUUUCUAUCGAUUCUUCAAGUAGUAACUGGAAUCCAGACAGUGUUAUCAACAUCGUCAACGCGGGGAUCUUGGGCAUGACCCAGUCAUGCUCGACGCCCUCUUCGGCGAUACCCUCAAUUACUCCGAACCAGUUCACGGACACUCCGGGCUGCACUGUGACGCAAAGUCUGCCCAUUGAUAGCGUCUAUUCAUCGCCACCACCUUACGCGGACGACGGAGAGGUCUACCAAGACACAUGCGUUUUUCCUUCAACAUCCACUUCUCACGUUUUGUAUCAUCCACCGCCCUACCAAUCACCAAGGACGCCCACAGACUGUUCUCUUUUCCCCAUUAACUCGGACUUUGCAAAUUUACUUCACUCUGCAUGCCAACGGGACAUCCAGAUUGUUCCUGACCGAAAACCCUUCAUAUGUCCAAUGGACUCAAUCAGGGUCCAGCCCCCUCUCACUCCUCUGAACACUAUCAGGAAUUUUACAUUAGGUGGGUCGACCUUAGACGGCCUAAGACUACCUACGGUUCACAACCCCCAGAAUUUGCCUCUGAGACCGAUAUUGCGACCCAGGAAGUAUCCGAACAGACCGUGCAAGACACCUGUUCACGAGCGGCCGUUCUCUUGUCCAGCAGAAUGUUGCGACAGAAGGUUCUCUCGCUCUGACGAGCUGACCAGACACAUUCGAAUUCACACCGGGCACAAGCCCUUCCGCUGCCGCAUCUGCAUGAGGAGCUUCAGCCGCAGCGACCACCUCACCACGCACAUCCGCACGCACACCGGAGAGAAACCGUUCCCAUGUGAUUACUGUGGCAAAAAAUUCGCCAGAAGUGACGAACGAAGGAGACACACGAAAAUUCACAUCAGACAGAAAGAAAGACAAUCAUCAACGAUAUGCAGUGACUCAGAACACAGAACGGUCAGUUAAUUAUUAGUGUAUCCACAAGGUAACUUCAAAGAAACCGUGUGCAUGCCCACCCAAGGCCCCACGAACACGAAGCUCAACAGUUAGUUUAUUUGAAAAGCUGAAAUAAUGUAUUAUACACAGGCUAUUUAUUCACCCAGACCUUCGUGUUUUAGCCUACGCACUCGCACAAACUGCUCCCCUUUCCCAUGGACCAUCGGCCGUUCUUGUCACUUACCGUAAAUCCUUAAAUCCGUAAAUUGUGUCCGGGGUCUUUUAUUUACUUAGGCUGCACAAAGCACAGGCCUUUAUUUGGGGCAGGCUUGUAUUCGAGGCAGGCCUUUAUUUCUUAUUAGGCUUCUAUUGUAGAAUUUUAUUCUUAGAAAUAAAGUAAAAGGCUACACUUAAAGUGGGCCAACACUGUUCAAUACUUCAUGUAACCGUUCAGAAACGCAACUUGAGUAGCUAAACCAUUCAUGAAAGCCAAAACAGAUGCGUCUUCAUAGAAUACCAAUUUGCCAGACACGCCUUCAUGAACAAUAACAAAUUAGCGUAGAUAACAGCAAGUUAUGGAUCUUUUUUUUCCUAAAGUGCGUUUUAUUGUGAGACAUGCGUUUCGUUUGGAGCAGCAUACCGGUAGGCUAUCAAAAGAUUUUCGCUUUGGUUUGGGAUUUUAUUUACUUUUGGACUGUUUGAUUCAAUUGCUAAAUGUUGGGACUGGUGGGCACUGAAAUCUGGGGGGUAUUUGAUGGUUCACUGUUAAGUUUUAUGUAGUUGAAUGAGUGUCGGGAUUUCCUCCCGUCUGUUUAUUGCGAGUCAAGACAGCCGCUUUCAUUCAUUCAUUGAACGUGCGCUGUGGUGUAAAUACAUGGAAACCUUAUUGUGUAGCCAAGUAGCCUAAAUUGAGUUAAUUUUUAAUUUUGCCUGAUUUACUUUUUAUUAAAUUCGUAGGCUGGAAUGCCUCGCGGCAACAAUUGUGUUUAAAUGUAUACUAUGCUUCAGCUUUUGGUAAGCUACUCAGAAGGGGGCGGCAAGCGACUGGUAGCUUGAGAGCAACGUGUUGGAGACCCAUGGUGUAGGACAACGACUUUUCAUUGGCAAUAGUAUUAAACCAACCAACAAUAUUAAAUAUUAAGAAGAGCUCUUUUAUUUCAUUGAGUUAAAUGGAAACAAUGUCUUCUAGUGCUCAUGGACUGAUAGCCCUACUGGUAGGCAAUAUUACCCCGGCUUGUAUUUGGCCCGAGGCCCGGCUUCAAAUAGAAUCCCGGACACAAUUUGAGGAUUUAUUGUAAAUGAACGAAUUCAUCAAUUAAUUAACAGAAAGUAUACAUAAAACCGAUCUUACACUGCGUCGAAUGAAUGAUGCUACGAUUACUUGAGAUAGGUAUACAGCUUUAUAAAGUUAUUAAAGAUAUUAAAUGCAGAUGUGUUAACAUACUAGUCUUUUUCCAGUUGACCUAAUUUGCACUUAUUCGAAUGUGAAUGAAGCGUUGAACUCUAAAUAAGUAAAAAUAAUAAUACCGUUAAUAAGCAUUAUAGGCCUACUUGUAAAUACUCUUAGUAAAAUAGUUGCCAACGGCUAACUAAUAAAUUGAACAAAGCGAUAUAAGUAGACCCACAAAAUAUUUAACUUCAACUGACGUUUUACGCAGAAAACACAUCCACUCAGUAGGUUACUGGAUCAAACAAACUGUCAUAAUGUUUGCAUAGUACAGAAUUUACUGCAGGGCGUAUUUUAACCCUGACAGCGGGGUUCAUAUUCUAAAAACUAGCUAGAAAUGUAGGCCUCCUUAUUAGACCCAACUCGCACUGGCUGGAUGAGUCAACUCAAAAUCAAAUCGUAAUGUUCAAAGUAUUUUUUCCAACCACUUAAGGUGAUGUUUGAACAAUAUUUUCCCAAUCACCGUGGGGACAAAAGACCAAAUAAAACCAAAUUUGGAUCAAACCUGUCUCUGCCUAAUUUUGUAACCGGGUUUGUAGAAAGUGAGUCAGAACGUUGUUUCAUUUCUUUUUUUCGCUUGUGUUUCAUGGAGUGUGACUCAACAGAACACAAAAAGACAACUCUGGGUGCUGGACGAGAAGCUAAAAAUAGUAAACAAAGCAAAUAUAGUGUAUAUCAGCUCUGGUAAACACUUUUUUUUUUGCCGAUAAGAGUAAUUUUCAUCCCUUGUGGACUCACAUGAAC